AUGUUUUUUGCUUCAGUUGUUCAACUCAAUUUUCUCGAAGAUUCUGACUCCAUAGAGGAAAAUGUUGGUAGCUCAGGUAGCGUAGAUGGUGAUCGUUGGCUUGUUCGCGAACAAGCCAACGACCACCAUUCUGACUCCAGUUACUGCUGGGACUUGUCAUCUACUAACCGAAACUGGUUUCGGGCUGAACAUUGUGGCGAAUCAAUAAACAGUCCGAAGAACGAAUACAACUUCCAAGAUGCGUGGAGGGCCUUGACCAGCCCCAGUUUUCCAUUGCUACAGCAGAAUGAACGUUUCGGCCGGAAUGCUUCCGAUUUCCGACUAUACACUCAUUUGCAAACUAAUUUGGUUUUGCGAGAGACUCACGUGGAACUUAGCCGAACCUCUCGUUUGCGAUGUUUCCAGACAACUGAAUGUGCUGCACCAAGGCGCCUCAUGUUUCAGUCGCUACGAUAUUCGAGAAAUCGCGAUACAUUUUUAGAAUUAAUACAACUUUCAACAUACGUACAACGCUGCACAACUUCGAGUGUCUCUCCUUGGAUGGCCAAUGGCGUAUCCGGUGACUGCGUGUCUAGAAGAAUGACCUUACACUUUGUGGGUGAAAAGUGCAUGCUAAGGCACUGGAUGACUUUGGAGGACGAUAUCGUCUACAUAUUCCAGAUUGACAAGGUUUUCGUCCACUGCCACAUGAAAACCAGGGUUCUGAAGACUUUCCGACGUUCGUCUCACCGUUAA